AUGAGUACUGUCACAUUGGAAUUAACUGAUACUAGCGGAGCCAAUAGUGGUUCAACAAUCGAUACAAGUCAUGAAUCAUCUCUUGUUAUUAUUGAUAGCGAUGAAGAGGAUACAGAUAAAAAUGAUAAGAGAGUAAAACCCAACAAUGUAACAGUGAGUAAUGGUUUUCUAUUAUUAUCAACAACAACAACAUCGUUACGAACACCAAAUAGACAAACCUCAUUUUGUCAUAAAUAUUGGCUAAUAAAUAAAUUGAUUAUAAAAUCAAUAAUACCAGAUAUUAAAUCAUUUAAAUUAUGGCAAAUUAUUUUGUUACUUUUAUUUGCUGUAAUUAAUGUGACAUUUUCCAUAUUGGAUUUUAAUUCAUUUUUUGAACAACAUAAACAACGAUCUAUUUUCAAAUGGUCGAAUGAUUUAAGUGAUGGUAUUUCAUUAUGGAAACGUAUAUUACUUUGUUUUAGCGGUAUAGCUUCGUUUACGAAUGUUGUCAGUGUUGUACUUGUUAUUAAAGGUAAAUUAUCAUCGUAUUUAUGGGGUAUCAUUGCGGCUAUAUUAUAUGGCAUCUACUCAUUUGCUUACGGUUAUGUUGGUGACGCACAAUUGUAUGUGAUGUUUUUUUUACCUAUGCAAUUUGUUGGCGUUUAUAUGUGGUCAAAAGAAUUGGAUUCAUCAUCGACAACUCGUGUUAAAAGUUUAUCACGCUUUUCAUGGUUAGUCGUCUUAGUUAUCAGUAUUGGAUUAGGAGUAAUAUUUUACUAUGAAAUACCAGCAUUUUCUAAACUAUUGGUUGGUUCAUAUUCUUUUGAAGCAAAGCUAAUACCACAUGUAUUAGAUGCGACAACAAAUGCAUUGAGCGUAGUUGCACAAUUUUUACUAAUAUUAUGUUAUUGGGAACAGUAUGUCUAUUGGUUAGUUGUAAAUACAAUGGCAAUAGUUAUGUAUAGUGGUUUAAUAGAAACAAAACUUGAUAUUAAUUUAUUACUCGUAUGGAUUAUGUUAGCUAUUAAUUCAUUAUUUGGACUAUAUACUUGGUUUAUGAGAUGGAGAAGACAAAGUAGUCCCUGCGUUUAUGCCACAGUUUUUAGAUAA